CUAAGCAUUCACGAAAACAUGAAGAUUCUAACAAACAAUGUGAUAGAGAAUAUAUCGAUCGGUUUACUUGUAAUGGUGUUUUAAAAAUUUUACUAGAUAUGGAAAUGAAUGUAGCAAUGGUUGAUCUCCAGUAUAAUUUAUUUCAUAGAUGUUCAGAUCGAUUUAAUAUAACUGAUAAUGUUAAAGCUGAAAUCCAACAAAAUAUUCAUCAUACACCUGCAGAUAUUUUUAGACAAUUGGAACAACAAAAUCCAAACCUAACACAAAAACAGGAAUAUGAGCAUAAUUAUAAUAAUCAAUUAAAUUCAACAAAAAUUCUUGUAGAAGAAAAUGAACUUAAGAUGAUUUUAAUCAAUGAUCAAGAAAUUAAAUACUUGGGCUUUAUAAUACCGUUCUUUGAAUUAUUAAAAAAUAAUAAUGAAAUUGUUAUAGACGCUACGUAUAAAAUGAAUAUUUUAGGAUAUGAGUUGUAUGCGAUUAUUGGUCAAUAUGAUGAAGCUG